AUGGCGUUAGAAGCUAAUAACGAAGCCAUACAAUGCAAAGUCUUUUCAACAACUUUCUUCGGGCCGGCUCUGUUAUGGUUCCGACAAUUAAAGGCCGGAUCACUCAACAGUUUUAAUGAUCUCCGAUGGUCCUUCUUACAGCAGUACAGCGCGAACCGAGAGGCUCCCAGAACAAUGUUCGAUCUCUAUCGAAUUGAACAAGGGGAGAAUGAACAUCCAAAGGCAUACUUACAGCGUUUCAUUGACCUCGUGCAUCAAAUACACGACGUCGACCCACUCACCGCAGCAAAUCUCUUCGUCAAAAGCUUGCAGGUGGGGUCACUCUUGCAUGAGAAUCUCACUAUGACACCACCAUACGACAUGGCAGACGUGCAGACCCGAGCCGAGGGCGUCUUCAGGGUAUUAGAAUUUUGA